AUCACAAGCCUAGCGCUGGAGCACUAGUUAGCUUUUGUUUGCACUGUGGCUAAGGUGCAACCUUCUGUGAAAAUGUGUUGUGUGGGGGCGGUGUGAUUUUUUUUCUUUACCGUUAGUCUGCUGGCCAACUUUAAGAUGCUAAACACAACGAGCUGUAUCAAUACGUGACUAUUUAAACCACAGUAAUUAAGACGAAAGGUUCCAGUCGUGCUAUGUUCUUGACAAAUGCUAGCUAGAGUAGCUGAGCGGUUGCCAAUGGAGACAGGAGGCGCUUAUCUCAAUGGCUACUCUUACACUGUAAACCCACCAGCACAGAUUGAACAUGGCUACAAAGCCGAAGGGGAAAGCCUCGAAAAGUUCAUUCAGGGAUGAUUUGCUUGACAGCUUGCUUGAUGAUGACAAGCAGCCAGUAAGGACGAAAGCAUCACGUGAUGGACCUAUGUAUAGCACGCUAGCACAGGAGAUAAAAAUGGAUGGUGCGGACACUGAGGACUCGGAUGUGUCAGUGGCUGAUCCCAGCGACAUACUCAAGAGCAUGAAGGACAUGGACGACAUGGACGCUGACCUCUUUGCAUCAAAGAAGAAGCCUAGUUCGGCUCCCGCGCAAACAAAGCCACUUGUUAGCGAAGGACCAAAGAAAGACUCUGCUGUGCUCGAGAGCAAUGCAAAACCAGAGGGAGCAGAUGAACCCACCAAAGGGGGGAAGAAGCCGAACUCUGUACCUUUAUCCUCAGCGCGGAGUUAUAAGAAGUUCACCUUCUCUGACAGUGGUGGUGAGGACGAAGGUGUUGCUCAGACUCCUUACGCUGAAGAUCUAGAUGACCCCCUGAAUGAUUUGCUUCCAGGUGACUCAAAGCCUGACUUGAAAUCUAGCUUCUCCAAACCUGAAAAAUCCGUGCCAUCUCCUUCAGCAUCUCCCAUGCUAAAGAAUGAAACGACUAAGGCAACAAAGAAAGGCGAGCUCACGUUUGAGGAUGAUAAGGAUCACCUAAUGGAUGCACUCGGAUUUGACAGUGACAAAAACAAUCCCAAGAAAAAAGAGACACCGCUUUGGUCUCCCAAGGAGAGAGCCGACGCCCCUCAGAGACCUCGUACCAGAAUUGAUGAGAUUCUGGAGAGUUUCACGUCACCGCGUCUUCUGGAGCGACCACCAACGGGCGAGAGGAAGGACGAGCUUCAGUCUCAAGAGAAGCCGCAACAGGAGAAGACGUCUGCUGGGAAAGAGCCGCAUUUAGACGACGACCUCACAUUUGGAUCCUAUCAGCCCACACUGGGAUCCACUUCUGAAGGGCGUCAGUCUCGUAGACAGUCUGUCAGAUUUUCUGCUGAGGACAUGAGUGUAUCUACGCCAGAAAAGAAGCCAAAGCCCACCACUCCCACAUCUUCUCGACAACGCAACUCAGCCGACUGGCUGGGCCUCAAGACAGAAGAUGAGCCCGUCUAUCUAGAGGAGGGCGUCGAUAAGACAAAGAAUCCAGCAGAGGCUUCAAAGAGCCCCUCGUCUCCUUUACUGGAGAGAAAGACCUCGUUCACUGGUAGCCAUUCCACAUCUGUUGCAAAAACACCAGAAGAGAGCUCAGCCCCAGCUGACAAUACCAUUAAACAUGCCAAGCCUGAGGUUUCUAAAACCCAGAGGAAAGAAGGGGAUGAUGAGGAUGACUGGUUAGCUGGGGCACUGAGCAGGAGGAAGGCUCUGUCCACGUUAAACAUAGAGGCAAAAACAUCCAAGCAGGAAGAGUCUUUCACUGACUUCAGUGUUAGUAAACAAGUAACGUCACAAACUCCCAAAAGCAGAGAAGACACGCUUCCUUCAAUCAAAGAAACGAGUGACACUUUUCCCGGACGCCUCGGUCCUGCUGCUCAUUCCACGCCUGUCAGAGAAGAAAGGCUUAAUCAUGUUCCGCAGCAAAAUGCAACGCUAAACACGUCAGCUGCUUUCCCACAACAGGCAUCAUUUUCAGCCGACAGUUUGCAGCAGCUGCUCCUCCAAAACCAGCUGAUGCAGACUCAGUUGCUGGGCCUAGGCGGUGUUGUUGAUGCGGGACUCCUGCAGAGACUUAAAGAAAAAGAACAACCUGCAGACUAUCAAGCUUUACAGGCCCGUGUCAUCCAGUUGGAGGGACAGGUCAAGACUUUGCAGCUGGAGCGAGACCAAAGCCAAAUGAUGCUGGAGAGCAUGCAGCAGCGGCACAAACAGGAUAUGGAGCUCCUGGAGAAUGCACACAAAGCUCGUGUGAAACUGCUCGAGGAUUCGGUUGCCCAGCGGGAGAUUCAAGCGCGACAUGAGUGCGAAGACCUAAUGGAACGCCUGGCAACGGUAACACGAGCGGCUGAGAAGGAACGCUCGGAGCUCCAGGCUCAGUACCAGCGGAAAAUGGCCCAGGCCCAGCAGGAAAGAGACUGUGAGGUGGAGAGACUCAGAGACCUUCAGAGAAAAUCUAUCUUGGAGAUGAAGAGAGACUAUGAGGAUCAGAUCCACAGGCUGAAGAGGCUAAAGGAAGAAGAGAUCGAUGCUGUUACAAGCGCAACAUCUCAGACCAGGUCCGUUGCAGGGGUGAUUGAAAAGAUGGAGCAGUUCUCCUCGCGUCUUGGAGAGCUUUCCUCUCGGGUGGAGAGCACGCACGAACACACCGCUCACGGCCUGGAGCAGGAGGCACGGCACAGAGACCAGCAGCUUCGAACAAUGCAGGGUCAUCUGGCCCAGCAGCAGAAAGCCAUGGCAGAGGAGAAAGCUUACCUGAAGGACAUUAUUUCCAGGAUGGACACUCAGCUUAAAGAGCAGCAGAGACAGCUUGAGAAGGAGCGCUGGAAGAUGACAGCAGAGCAGGCCAAAGCCGAGUCGACCCAAAGAAGCCUGGAGGAAGAGCGGCGUGUCCUCACCACACAGAUCAGCGUGGAGCGAGAGGAGCUGGAGAGAGCCAAGAGCGCGUUACUGGAGGAGCAGAAGUCAGUGAUGCAGCACUGCGCGGAUGAGAGGAGGAAGCUGGCGGCCGAGUGGGCACUCUUCCAUGCCCAGGAGAAGCAGAGGCAUGAGAGGGCUGAGCGUGAGGUCAGCAGUCUGUUGGAGAACAGGGAGGGCUCCAUCAUAAGUCUGGCACAGGAGCAAGCUGACUUGAAGCUUCGCACGGCCGAGCUGAAACAGAAGGAGCUGGCCGUGGCACGGGAGCGAGAGGCUCUGGAAGAACUUAGAGAAGAGCUGGACAGAGAGAAAGAAAGACUAAGCAGCACGGCCCUGAGACUCAAAACGCGAGCCCAGGAGGUCGAGGCCUUCAGCAAGCUCGCGGCAGAGAAGUAUGAGGAGGGGGAACGAGCGUUUCAGGAGGCGAAACGAUUGGAGGCGGAGCACAAUGCGCGACUGAGAAAUAUUCACAGCCAAACAGAGCACCUGAGGCAGCAGGAGCAACGGAUUUUAAAGGAGCAAAUACGAUUAAGUCACCUGCAGAAGGAUACAGAGAGGCUGAGGCAAAACCCUCCUCUUACACCUCUACCACAAAUUAUUGCCCCCGUUUUACCAGACUCAGUUUCAGAGCUGCCUGCAACCCUGAAUGUUCCUCCUCCAGUUUCAUUUACCAGCUCUCAGUCUAUGGCACUUCAGGCCAAUCUGGCUCUGUGGAGAUAUACUGCAGAAAAGGACCGUGAAUAUCUCCAAGAGGAGCAGUACUUUCUAGAAAAUCUGAAAAAGAAAUCUUACAGAUCAUCUUUCAGCACAGAUUGACCAACACAUGCUGGGGGUUCUUCCCAGCACAUAUGGACUCAUGUUACUUUUUAUACUUGAAUUUUAUACGUCAUUGUAGUUUUAUUAAAAACACAUUUCUGAUCCAA